AUCAAAGUUCCCUGAGAUAACGCAGGGUUCACUGUGUGUUUAUGGUCCCUGAGAGACACCUCCGCUCUGCACAGGACGAUGGCUGCAGGGAAGCAAAGUCUGGGUCUCUAGGACAACGCAAAAUUCAGAGCUUCACCAAAAACCCUGGACACGAGUGGCGUGGAUGUGGACAAAGUGACCUGAGAGGGGACUUGUUCUUGUUCUGCGGGUUGUUCUUGUUCCGUAGGAGCAGCGGACCGGCCCGGAGAGACAUGAACGAAAUCUACUCCAUGCAGACGGUGGAACCGGAGAACGGGAGCAAAGCCAAGGAGUCCUUCAAGUUCGUGUCGGAGGGGAAGGGGGGUGAACGGGGGGGCGCUGGAGAGGAGCCAUCGCAGCCCUCCUGUUGCCUCAGUGUCAAGAAGAUCAACUACACAGUCAGUGAGCGUGUGGGUCCGUGGUGGGACUUACCCUCCUUCAGGAAGCGAUGGACUCGUCAGAUCCUCAAUGAUCUCUCCUUCCACGUGGACAGCGGGCAGAUUAUGGGCAUACUGGGCAAUUCAGGCUCAGGAAAGACCACAUUGUUGGAUGCCAUCUCGGGGAGGAUUGGAAACUGUGGCCAACUGUUGGGUGAGGUCUUCGUUAACGGCAUGAAACUGAAGAGAGACGAGUAUCAGGACUGCUUCUCCUACGUGCUGCAGAGUGAUAACUUGUUGAGUUAUCUGACAGUGGAGGAGACUCUGACCUACACAGCUCAGCUGGCCCUGCGGAGACACUCAGCCAAAGCCAUAAAGAAGAAGGUGUCGGCGGUGAUGGCCGAGCUGAGUCUGGGUCAUGUGGCCCACAGUGUCAUCGGAGGUCGCGUUUUCCCGGGGAUCUCGGGGGGCGAGAGGAGGAGGGUCUCCAUCGCCAGCCAGCUGCUUCAGGACCCAAGGGUGAUCCUAUUGGACGAGCCGACCACUGGCCUGGACAGCAUGACGGCCAAUCAGAUUGUGGUGCUGCUGGCAGAGCUGGCCAAGAGGAACCGUAUCGUCAUAGUAACCAUCCACCAACCGCGCUCCGAGCUCUUCAGGGUGUUUAGCAGGAUCGCCAUAAUGAGUCGUGGCGAGCUGGUGUUCUGCGGGCAGCCACAGGAGAUGGUGGACUUCUUCAGCCAGCGCGGAUACGAGUGUCCCGAGUACUGCAACCCCUUCGACAUCUACGUCGACUUCACCUCGGUGGACACGCGCAGCGGCGAGAGGGAGGCGGCCACCUUCAGUCGCAUGCACGAGAUCGCGGCGUCCUACCAGAGGUCGGCCAUCUACGGCGGCAUGCUGGGAAAGGUGGAGCGGAGCCUGCAGCGGGCCGACAAGCCGGCCAUCCCCUUCAAGAGCAAGGAGUCCCCCAGUGGGGCCACCAAGCUGGAGGUUCUGCUCAGGCGGACGGCGAGGAACUUGUCCCGGGACCGGAUGGGGGUUCUGAUGCGCUUGUCGCAGAACCUGAUCUACGGCCUCUUCGUGGCCUUCUUCGUGAUGCAUUUGGACAAAGACGUCAACAAGGGCGCCGUGCAGGACCGCAUCGGCAUCAUCUACCAGAGCAUCGGGGCUUCGCCCUACACCGGCAUGCUGAACGCCGUGGCCCUCUUCCCGGCGUUGCGAGCCAUCAGCGACCAGGAGAGCCAGGACGGCCUCUACAGCAAAUGGCAAAUGUUCUUGGCCUACAUCUUCCACAUCCUCCCCUUCAGCAUCCUGAGCGUGUUCAUCUUCACCUCCUUCCUUUACUGGACCGUGGGGAUGAACCCUGACAGCUUGCGCUUCCUGUGUUAUUCUGCUGUCGUCCUGGUGCCACAUAUCAUAGGCGAGUUGUUAACUGUGGUGCUGUUGGGCGUGUUCCACGACCCUAACAUGGUCAACACGGGUGUGGCUCUGCUCAACAUCGCAGGGAUCUUAGUGGGAUCCGGUUUCCUCAGGGGCACCCAGCAGAUGCCGAUGGUCUUCCAGUGGCUCAGCUACCUGACCUUCCAGAAGUACAGCUGCGAGCUGCUCAUAGUCACCGAGUUCCACGGACUCAACUUCACAUGCAAUGGUUCCAGUCCUUUGCCGGGAGCCUGUAUAAUCACUGAAGGUGAUCAGAUCAUUGAUGAGGGAUAUCCUGGAGCUCUGUCACGAUUCACACUCGACUUUGUCCUCCUCUACUCCUUCCUCCCUGCUCUCCUGCUUCUGGGCAUGAUCAGCUUCAAGAUCAGAGACAAGCUUGUACGUCACUAAA